AUGGAAAACCAAGUGGCUGACAUUGCUUGCUCUGAGCUCAAGGGUGUCCUUUUCCCUCCCAGCUCCUGCUCCAAUGAGAUCCUGGGCCUGAAGCUGCCAUCAGAGCCAGUGUUGAAUGCCAACACGGUGUGCCUGACCCUGCCGGGGCUGACGCGGCGGCAGCUGGAGGUGUGUGUGCGCCACCCUGACGUCACCGCCUCGGCCAUCCAGGGCAUCCAGAUUGCCAUCCAUGAGUGCCAGCACCAGUUCCGGGACCAGCGCUGGAAUUGCUCCAGCCUUGAGACCAAGAACAAGAUUCCAUAUGAGAGCAUCAUCUUCAGCAGAGGCUUUCGGGAGAGCGCCUUUGCGUAUGCUAUAGCGGCUGCUGGCGUGGUGCACGCCGUGUCCAACGCCUGCGCUCUUGGGAAGCUGCAGGCCUGCGGCUGCGACCAGAAGCGCCGUGGCGAUGAGGAGGCUUUCCGGCGCAAGCUGCAUCGUCUCCAGCUGGAAGCCAUGAACCGCGGCAAAGGCAUGGUGCACGGGGUGCACAUGGAGCACAUGCCAGCAGAGACCCCUGGCCUCCAGGACUCCUGGGAAUGGGGAGGGUGCAGCCCCGAUGUGGACUAUGGAGAGAAGUUUUCCAAGGAUUUCCUCGAUUCCCGGGAAACCUACAGGGAUAUCCACUCCCGGAUGCGGCUGCACAACAACCGCGUGGGCCGGCAGGUGGUGAUGGACAACAUGAGGAGAAAGUGCAAAUGCCACGGUACCUCAGGGAGCUGCCAGCUGAAGACGUGCUGGCAGGUGACGCCUGAGUUCCGCCUGGUGGGGUCCCUGCUCAAGGACCGCUUCUAUGGGGCCACCCUCAUCCGGCCCCACAACCGGAACGCCGGGCAGCUGGAGCCGGGCCACGCUCGGCAUCGCCGCCGGGCCGGCAUCAGCGAGCUGGUUUACUUUGAGAAGUCACCCGACUUCUGCGAGCGAGAGCCGGCCCUGGACUCCUUGGGCACCCAAGGGCGUCUGUGCAACAAGACCAGCCCGGGCAUGGACAACUGCGAGAGCCUGUGCUGCGGCCGCGGGCACAACAUCCUGCGGCAGACGCGCAGCGAGCGCUGCAACUGCAAGUUCCACUGGUGCUGCUUCGUGGCCUGCGAGGAGUGCCGCAUCACCGAGUGGGUCAGCGUCUGCAAGUAGCCCGGCGGACAUCGGUGCCCACCCCAGGGUGCCACGGACAAGCACGGACAACCCUGCGGCAGGGGAGGGAGACGGGGAUCGGCGCUGGGGGGGAGGUGGAGCCGCGAUACCCGCUUCCCUCCGCUCCGACGGAGCAGGAGAGGACAUGCUCAGCACCCUCCAAAAUCAGCACUUUGUCGU